GGAUAGAAUGUUUUAUGAGAGACACAUUAUCCUUAAAUUCUUUAUUUUAAUUUCAAUUAAAUGUGUUGAAAGUGCGCUAUUGUAUCCACAGUACACCGUAAUUCAGUUGGUCGGUUCCAUAUCUGUGCCAAUAGCGGACCUGCCGCCAAAUCGUAAAGUUUAUUUUGAUUGGGGUUUACAAAUGAACUAUGACAUGCCAUUUAAUGUAUCAUCAUUUUAUACGGUUCCUAUAUGGCCAACUAGAGGGUCAAGAAAUAUAAUAUUUAAUUCUCGUGCAGUGAAUAAACAUGAUUUUACAGCUAAAAAUCUUUAUGAUGGUCUGGAAAACUUGCUUGAGGAAUAUGGUUAUGAUAGAUCCUGCUUGAAACGAUCAAUUUGUGAGUUGUCAAAAUAUCCGUUCGAUGAAUCCUUUGCCAAUGUUGUCACUGACAUGGUAAAAUUCUUUUUAACGCCUUCUAUACAUCAAGGUUUUUCAGCAGAUGAAAAAUAUGAGGAAACUCUUUAUAGUUUGGCGGAAAAUGAAGGAUUUAUGGGGAAAAAUUGUCAGCAAAUAUACCCGGAGUGCAUUGAAAGUCCAUUUAAUCUAUUAACAAUAACUUAUUUUAAAAAUAUUUAA